AUGAGCGCGUCGACGGACCGGUCGUGGCGCCGCGACGCGGGCAUGGACGUGGACGAUGAUCCCAGUAUUCGGCGACGAGGCCGUGGAUUUGGCGCGGGCGCCGCUGCGGACGAAGGGGACGGCGUGCGCUCGAACCAGUUUGAGCGGCUACCGGCCGAGGGCGAUCAGGACGGCCAUGCGGCACAGUCGAUGGAGGGCUGGGUCAUAGUGGUGACCAACGUGCACGAGGAGGCGACAGAAGACGACGUCCUGGACGUGUUCCUGGACUUUGGCAAGGUCAAGGACCUGCACCUGAAUCUCGAUCGGCGCACGGGCUAUGUCAAGGGGUAUGCGCUCCUGCAGUACGAGACGCAGGCGGAGGCGGAGAGCGCGAUCGCCGCGUGCAAGAGGGGGCUCGCGCUCCUGGAGCAGCCGCUCGACGCAGACUAUGCG